CGCGCCUGCGUUCCCGCAGGACAUCAUCCACGACCCGGGGCGCGGGGCUCCCCUGGCCAAGAUCGCCUUCCGUGACCCCUACCGCUUCAAGAAGAGGACGGAGCUCUUCAUCGCCGCCGAGGGCAUCCACACCGGCCAGUUCGUCUACUGUGGCAAGAAGGCUCAGCUGAACAUUGGCAAUGUUCUGCCUGUUGGCACCAUGCCGGAAGGCACCAUUGUGUGCUGCCUCGAGGAGAAGCCUGGUGACCGUGGAAAGCUGGCCCGUGCUUCUGGAAACUACGCCACUGUUAUCUCUCAUAACCCUGAAACAAAGAAAACCAGAGUGAAGCUGCCUUCUGGCUCCAAGAAAGUGAUUUCUUCUGCAAACAGAGCUGUUGUUGGAAUUGUUGCUGGUGGAGGUCGUAUUGACAAGCCCAUCCUGAAGGCUGGCCGAGCCUAUCACAAGUACAAGGCAAAGAGAAACUGCUGGCCACGUGUCCGUGGUGUGGCCAUGAACCCUGUAGAACAUCCCUUUGGUGGUGGUAACCAUCAGCACAUUGGGAAGCCUUCAACCAUCAGGAGAGAUGCUCCUGCUGGGCGCAAAGUUGGUCUCAUUGCUGCCCGUCGUACGGGUAGGCUGCGUGGAACAAAGACUGUGCAGGAGAAGGAGAACUAAAGACCCAGCACAGAGUUUACUGAAUAAAUUUUUAAAA